AUGGCUGGUGGCGAAAUCUCAGAACGCCCUGACAUUUGCAAGGACGUUCUGAAGACUCCCCCUCGAAGAAGAGCAGAACGGCUUGCAUGUGGAUUGCCAGCCUAUGUCAACUGUCAGUUGGAUGGUCUUGAUAAUCCGGCUCCAAGGGAGAUUCCCCAGGUGGAAGAACCUAUGAGGGCCCGGCCUCCGAAUCUGCAGCCAAAGCCACCACACGCUGCCCCAGGAGCUUUUGAGAUACCCGCGGAGCUUCUGACCUACCCGAUCCCUCCGCAGAUUGUCGUGGGAUUGGCGCAAGAGAGCUUCAACAGGUGGCUGAACAACAUCUCCACCGAGAUCAGCCACAAGAACCGGGAUGUAGGUCCGUUGUACAUUGAUGAGUUCGACCUUCAAAGCCUUCGUGACAGGCGAAAACUUAGAUUUUCUAGCUGCCAGGCCUAG